GGAAAUUAUUAUUCUCCACCGGCAUUACUUACUUCUCUAUAAAGGAAAGAAAGAAACAGAGAUUGCUUAAAAAAAACAGAAGAAGAAGAUGUAUAAUCAAGCACAACAUCCUGUUGGUGCUCCUCCUCCCCAAGGAUAUCCUCCUAAGGACGCUUAUCCUCCGACCGCUUAUCCUCCCGCCGGUUAUCCACCGCCGGGAUAUGCUCAGGGAUACCCUGCUCAAGGUUAUCCUCCGCCUCCCCAAUACUCUCAAGCUCCUCAGCAAAAGAAACAAGUUGGUAUGCUCGAAGGAUGUCUGGCUGCUCUCUGCUGUUGCUGUCUCUUAGAUGCUUGUUUCUGAUCGGAGAAUUACCAGUCAACUAUUCCAUAUUUCAUUACAUGUAAUGUAAAAGAACAUUGUUUGUCUCGUUCAUCUAUUAUGUUGUUUGUCUUCUUUUUUGUCUUGUGGAUUUUUGUAUCUUAUGGAUUAUUGAUUAUUGACUGGACCAUGGCCAUCUCACUUUCAUUUUACACGACGAAACUAUUAAUAAGUAGACCAGCAAAGGAUCAGAAAGCUUGAAGAGAUGUUUGUUAUCAUCAUCAUAUUAAUGUAAUUU